AUGAAUAAACCAGCAGAAAUAUAUAAUUGUGAUGAAACUAGAUUUUCUGAUAAAACUCAACGUAAGCACGUCAUUGUAACAUCAAGUACUGGAUAUGUAUUCGGAAAACAUGGUGGUAGUGGUAAACAAUAUACUACUGCAUUAAUUGAAAUUAGUGCAGCUGGUCAAGUAAUCUCUCCUUUUAUUAUUUAUUCUGGUAAAGUUUUAAUGAAUACGUGGUGCAAAGGUGGACCUGAUGGAUCACGUUAUGCUGUAACAAAAAAAGGUUGGAUUAAUUCAUGUUCAUUUGAAUAUUUGCUUCGAGAAAUGUUUAUUCCCGCUACUCAACAUCUCAAUCGACCUCUGUUACUUGUUAUGGAUGGUCAUAAUGCACAUAUGAAUAUAAAUAUUAUACAAUUGAUGAAACAACACAAGAUUGUUUGCUUAAUUCUUCCUCCUCAUUGUACACACACUUUACAACCGAUUGAUGUUGUUGUAUUUAACAACGUUAAAACCGAUUGGUCAAAUAUUGUAACAAACUAUUUGAAAAGUGGAAACAAAUUCAUCAAAAAUGCUGAUAUUCCACAUUUGAUGAAGCAGUUACUUAUUGCAAAACAAUCUUUUUCAAGUACACGAAUAGUAUCCUCGUUUUCUCGUUCAGGCAUAUGGCCGUUCAAUGAAAAUGCUAUAAUGCAAUCAGUAGUAGCCCUUGGAUUUUUUCCAUCUUUUAAUCCAAAAACUAUUAACCAAAUAGUACCACCGCCAACAAAUAUUCUUAUACCAUGUUCAGGUUCUUCAAUAGUUCAAUCAUCAUGCACCACACUGCCAUUACAGAAGCCGGCCAUUACAUCAAAUGUUCAAUCAAUUAAUGAAUCAUUAAAUUCUGGUAUGAUGAUUAUCGAUGAUACAAGUGAAAAAGAACAACAAAUGUUAUAUGAUGUCCGGCGUAUUCAACCAAUUCAACAGGUAUUUACCGAUGAUCACGAAAUUCCAUCAAAUGAUUCCACAUAUACUCCAUUGAAUAUGGUUGAUUUAAAUUCAUCAACGUUUGAACCACAAUGA